UCUCUUUUCUAAAAGUUUGGUUCGAUUCAUUCGUGAAAGAUUAUCACCAAAAACCAAACAAACAAUGACCAGUCAUCGUGAUUAUCAAGCUGGUGAAAUAAUAUCCAUCAGUUCACCAUUUGUACAUGUUCUCAGAAAAGAAUUUAAAGGUAUAAAUUGUGAUUACUGUUUCGUUGAAUGCAAAAGUAAUGAAUUAGGAAAAUGUGGUCGAUGUAACAAAAUGUAUUAUUGUGGAAAAGAAUGUCAACAAAAAGAUUGGAUUCAACAUAAAUUGGAAUGUAAAAUUUAUAAAAAUAAACUUGAUCAACUCAAAGAGACUAACCAUCUAGAUCAUCUAUUUUUUCGAUUUGUGUUACGAUUGAAUCUGUACUUAAAACACAAUCCCGAACUUUUUUACGAACGGCGUCAAUUUCUGAACGAUGAAAAUUCAGCAGUAUCUCUCAAUGAUAUUCAAAAUCAGAAUUUUAUUCCGACAUUUCAUCGAAUUAAAAUUAAAGAAUCCUUUUUAUAUAUGAGAGAACAAUUCCAAUUGUUGGAAAUUGAAUGGGAUUCAGAAAGAAUGACUAUAUGUGAAGAGUUAGGCAGAGAAUAUGGCUUGGAUAUUUUCAAUUAUCAAAUUCAAAAUUUAGGCAUUGGCCUUUAUAUUGCCGAAUCACAAUUGAAACCUUUCCGUCCACCAAGCACUAAAAUAUUGUUCAAUGGUAUUCAACUUGUAAUGCGUGCAACUAAACCGAUCAAAACUGGUGAACAAAUUACUUUCAAUAAUUUUUCUCGUUCACCGAUGACAAUACAUCUUGAACCGAAAACAGUAUCGAUAAUCAAUUUGAAUUUCACUUAUACAUAUAUCUGUAUGGGCCAAAGACAUGAUAUGUUAAAUGAAAGGAUGGAAUUUCUAAAAUUUUGCGGUGAAAUGAAAUCAGCAUAUUUUUGUAACGAUUUAAACGAAAAGUAUAGAAUUUUUAAAAAAUUAAUAUCAUUUAUGAACAAUAUCUGUAAUGAAUAUGAUUUGGCUCAAAUUUUACAAAAAAUUAUCAUAUUGGAAACUUAUGUAAUGAUUGAAAAUGAUGCUAAAGAAUUAUCCGUAGCUGAACUGGCAAAAAAAUUGGAAAUCAAUCUUCCGUCUGCUUACAAUGAAAUAUUUGAAAAUAUCUAUUUUAAUCAAGAGGAAAAGCCACAUGUUACCGUUGUGAAAGCAUUGGCAAAUGUUGAAUUCAAUGUUAAAAAUUGAAAUAUUUAAUCUCAUCAUAUCUAUGUUUAAUCCAUUACAUUUUUAA